GUGCACUCGCUGACAGGCAAAUAACCAGAGGCAGACGCGAGAAGACAUUUCGCUUAUCUCUCUCAAUCUCCCGCCACCACUCCUCGAGCCCCACACAGCAGCAGCAGCAUCAGCAUCAGCAUCCGCGUGCUACCUAGAGCUGCGCGUGUCAAACAGCUCGUUCCCGCGGCUGCUCCCCUCCGCGCUCCCGUGAAAGGGCUGAAAAGACGGGGGCUUCUCGUGGUGCGUCUAUCCCGUCCACCUUUGUGUCUGUGUCCGCGAUCGAGCCGUCGUCAUCUCCGUGAGUCCGCAGACAUGGACGUCCUGGGGAAAAGAGAGCGGAGACGUUGCCAUGUCAGGAGUUUCCUGAAGAGGAAUUGGCUUCUCAUCGCCACCGUCGCGUCGGUCAUUCUGGGCAUCGGGCUGGGGGUGUUGGUUAGAGAGCACGCCACUCUGUCGCCCCUGCACAAGCAGUACUUUGGCUUCCCGGGAGAACUGCUGAUGCGCAUGCUGAAACUGGUCAUCCUGCCCCUCAUCAUCUCCAGCAUGAUCACAGGUGUGGCCGCUCUGGACUCUGAGGUGUCUGGGAAGAUCGGGCUCCGUGCUGUCCUCUACUACUUCACCACUACCAUCAUCGCUGUGAUCCUCGGCAUUGUCCUGGUGACCACCAUCAAGCCGGGGGUGUCGCAGGACACCGACCACAUCGACAGGGCCGGCACUACGCCCAACGUCACCACAGUGGACACGCUGCUCGACCUCGUCAGGAACAUGUUCCCAGAGAACCUAGUCCAGGCCUGUUUCCAGCAGUACAAGAGCCAGCGUAAAGAGCUCGCCCCUCCUAACGACCCCCCCACAGCGCCACCCACCACCAUCACCUUCCCCUCCCUACCAACUAUCAUGGCAACAGUUGCUGAGAACCUCACCCAGGUGAACUACAAGGUGGAGCGGGGGUACACGGACGGGAUCAACGUGCUGGGCCUGAUCGUCUUCUGCGUGGCGUUCGGACUGGUCAUUGGGAAGAUGGGCGAGAGAGGGCGCAUCCUGCUGGAGUUCUUCGAUGCCCUCAAUGAGGCCACCAUGAGACUGGUUCAUAUUAUCAUGUGCUACAUGCCGGUGGGAAUUCUGUUCCUCAUCGCAGCUAAGAUCAUCGAGGUGGAAAACUGGGAAAUAUUCUGGAAGAUGGGCCUGUAUGUGGUCACAGUGCUCAGUGGGCUGGCCAUACACUCACUGGUGUGUUUGCCGCUCAUCUACCUUGUGAUUGUGAGGAGGAACCCGUACACGUUUGCCCUGGGCAUGGCUCAGGCUCUAGUCACCGCACUCAUGAUCGCCUCCAGUUCUGCCACUCUGCCCAUCACGUUCCGCUGUGCGGAGGAGAACAACCGGGUGGAUAAGCGCAUCACACGCUUCGUGCUGCCGGUGGGCGCCACCAUCAACAUGGAUGGUACCGCGCUCUACGAGGCCGUGGCCGCCAUCUUCAUCGCCCAGCUCAACAACAUGGCACUGGACGUGGGCCAGAUCGUCACCAUCAGUAUAACAGCUACAGUAGCCAGCAUCGGAGCUGCAGGUGUCCCUAAUGCUGGCCUGGUUACCAUGGUGAUUGUGUUGACUGCUGUGGGCCUGCCUGCCAGUGAUGUCACCCUCAUAGUUGCGGUUGAUUGGCUGAUCGACCGGUUCCGCACCAUGAUCAACGUGCUGGGCGACGCGUAUGGCGCUGGCAUCGUGGAGCGGCUGUCUCGGCAGGAGCUGGAGCGCGUGGACGUGACCUCGGACGUGGACGUGGUCAACCCCUUCGCCCUGGAGACCACGCUGGACGAUGAGGAGUGCGAGAAGAAGUCCUACGUCAACGGCGGCUUCACGGUGGACAAAAGCGACGCCAUCUCCUUCACCGAGACCUCGCAGUUCUAAAGGCCCGCGGUGCGAUGGGGGGGUGGGGGGAUAGGCAGU